AUGGAUUGGUUUCACUGCAACCAGUGCUUUAGAAAAGAUGGGACCCAUUUCUUUGUCACCAGCUGUGGCCAUAUUUUCUGUAAAAAGUGUGUGACUCUGGAAAAAUGUACUGUUUGUGGGACUGCCUGCAAGCAUCUGGCUCUUUCUGAUAAUCUGAAACCUCAGGAGAAGAUGUUCUUCAAAAGCCCUGUAGAGACAACUUUGCGGUAUUUCAGUCAUAUCUCUCAGGUGUGGAGUUUCCAGAAGAAACAAACAGAUCUCCUCAUCGCCUUUUAUAAGAAUAGAAUUACAAAAUUAGAAGCAGUCAUGCAGGAGGCACAGCAAACAGUGGCCAGCCAGGACAAAGAGCUGUCAAUGUUAAGAAAAGAGAAUGGAGAACUGAAGAAAUUUCUAGCCAUCCUAAAGGAAUCUCCAAGUCGGUACCAAGGAAGCAGGUCAACUACACCUCGACCAGUAGGCAUCACUUCCCCAUCACAGUCAGUUACUCCAAGACCCAGUUCCCAGCACAGCAGCCAGGUAGUCAGUCGAUCUUCCUCAGUGGAAUCUAUCCCUUAUAGAGUGGUUGGCUUUGGUAGCUUGGGACAAGGAGGCAGAGGCCUGCAAGAAAGGAGCACCCCUAGAGACUCUUAUACUGAAACCCCUUCACCAGCUUCAACUCACAGCCUGUCUUAUAGGCCUUCAUCUGCCUCCUCUGGACAGGGGAUUUUUUCUUUCAGACCAGCCCUAAAUGGGGAUUCAAGCCACACAAGACAGCACAUGCCUAACAAUUCUGGUCAGAGGGAGAGUGGAACAGUAUCUGAGAGUGUUCCUGGUUUUCAGCUACCAGUCCUGCAGACUCUCUACCAACAACAGAGACAGAUGGGAUUAGCCAGGGGGAGAGAAACAUGGACUACUUCCAGAUAGACCACCUUCAAGGUCGGAUCUAUACAUAUUCCUGAAGGUCGGACUAUACAUCCAGUACACAUCAGAAAAUGGCCUUGGAAAAUGUAUCCCUCCUUUGUUGCUUGGUUGCACUCUGUACUUUAUUCUAUCUCGAUUUUUAUCUUAUACACGCUAUAUUACUUCCCAUAGUGGUCAAGUUUUAUGUAAGCCUAGCUUUAGGAAGAUAUUAGUAUUUCUCUCCCAGAAGACAUAUGUAGGUUCCCCUCAUUUACAACUUAAAACAAGGUUAUAAAAAUAAUUCUUGGCAUCACGCUUGGGUGUGUGUGUGGUAAUAUACUCGUCAACUACAUUUCAUUUCUGGAUUUCAUUUUUCUGCUUUGGAUAUAGUGUCCCAUUGUCAAUGUUAAGCAGUAACUGUUCCAUGUUCAAACUUUUUGUUUGUCUAUUAUUUCCUCUAUGCCUAAUGACUAUUAAAUAUAGUACUGUUACCUUCCUUUCUGUCAAAGUGGCAGUUGGAGAUACAGAUUUUUUUCAGAUUACUAAAGUAUACAGAUAAUAAAGAGGAUGCCCUCUUAUUGCUGGUGCAACUCUAUUGCUUUACAAGCCCUAGAAUGGUGGACUGGGCAAAGAACACCACCACAGAGACCAGUCAAACAUUUAUUCUACUUUAGGCACUAUGGAGUAGAAAUGAGGAAUUAAAUGGGUGGGCUACUCAUAGGCAGGCCUUAAGCAAAAAUACUGUAAAAACAUAAACACAGCAGACAUCUGUCAGAAGUAAAUUAGGUCUUGUGAAUGACCUUGUAUUUAAACUAGGAUCCUACUAUCCUUUUUGGUACUGAAUUUAUUUUUAAAGGCAUUUCUAGAUGUCUUUUUAAAAAAAAUUAUUCAACUUUAUUUAUUUAUUUUAAU